CAAUACAAACUAUAUAUUGUAUAUGUUGUCCAACGACAUUGUAUAUUUUAGUCUCAACACACGUAUUCAUAAAGGCAAUAAAUAAUCUUUAAUUCCUAUUAGUUACUCCCCCAUUAAAACUGAUAGAGGUACAAUUCUCCCUCCGUCCCUCAGAUUCUCAGCCAGUUAAAAGAGUGGACUGUAAUUUAUUACUGAUGUUCGACAAGCUGUGAAUGAUUAAGGUUUUUCUCAAAAAUCAAAAUUGAAUACAAUGAAAACCUAAGCGAUCACUAUUUUUACGAUACUGGGAAAACCCGUUAAAUAAUAAUAUGAAACGCCUUCACAAACUAUGAAAACGCAUUCAGAAUGUGUCUCUAACAUUGUUAAUUUAGGCCUCUUAGAGGAAACCUUUGUCUUGCUUUCAGAUUAUUUUCUUUAUAUGAAUUGCUCACAUCAUUUUAAAACUUGAUAUAUUGUUAAUUGAAAAAACAAGAUAUUAUUAUCGGUGAUAGAUCCUUCUUGGCGGUGCGUCAUUCAUAAAUUCUCCAUAUAUAGCCUAGCCCACGUUACAAUGGCAUUCAGUCUGUAGGUGACCUCCUUGAAACUAAAUGAUGGCUAACAAAGAGGCUGAACAUGGACGAGUUUCAUCCCAUCCAACGUUUUUAUUUGCGAUAGCAUUCGCUGCCAUCAUUCUCGUAGGUUGUUUGUCUUUGUAUACUUUACAUCGUGUUAAUAGGCUGGAAGCGACCAAUGAAAAAGUCUUGAUCGCAUUGGAAAGCAGUUUAAAAAACAAAAGUGAAGACCACAACCAAGAAUUUCUACGACAUAAACGUUCUAAUCAUCAACGGACAGCUUCGCCAGGCCUAGCUUCAGCCCACCUCGUUGGCCAUCUAGAAAACCGGCUGUUUCGCGGUCAAUGGUUGACUUGGUGUUUCAGCAACUGUUUAAAAUCUUUUCCACAAAAUGCUACCAAUUGUAGAAGAUCUACACUCAGCCACAGCGACUUCUGCGUUAGCAGUGAUCAAAACACUAUCCGUAUAGUGAAAGCCGGUUACUAUUAUGUUUACGCACAACUUGUAAUGACUUCAGAGUUAAAUGCGAUGAAGAGCCUCCAGGUAGCCGUUAAACGACCAGGAGGACUGAUGGGGGAUGCUUAUCCAGUCCUGUCCAGUUACAAGACACAGUAUCCGCUAGGAUUCACUGCAGACACGCCAAUUAGCAGUAAAGACUCCGUGUACAUGGGUGGAGUUAUGUUCUUUUGUCCCGACGACUUGGUUGGAGUACGAGCUAAUCCGGAAAACACCGAGGAUAUUACUCUAGAUUCGUCGAACGACAAUUCGGCUUACUUCGGAGCUGUUACCGUGAAUGAAAUCCCUAAACACGUCGUAUAUCGAUACUGUGCGAGAAAUGUUUAAGCAGUGACAUCAUCAACAACACCGACGUAAAAUGUUAGCAAAGAGGACGAGAAGAUAAAACCACAAACGUACACUUCACUUCGACCAGUCCGUUGAAUCACGGAGAAAAUACAAUUAAACCAGACCAUACUUAAACUAACUAAAAAAAUAUUUACUGUAUUAACAUUAUCGUCUACAAAUAUAUUUUUAAUAUUUUGUAAUGCUGAUAGUUUACAGUGACGAUUUUAACAGCUUUUAUAUUUUAACUGUUUAAUAUGCAUUCUGCGAGCAAAGGAUAAAUUGAUGUCAGUCUGAGCAUGGUCUGACUUUGAGUGUAGGUUAUUUUACUGCUGACAUACUGCAGGAUUUGCUAGUAGCACGAUAAUACACUCGGUUCUUACUGUAGGUUGUUGUUCUACCUGGGUCACAGUUUACAAAAUAAUAACCUCAACGCCCAUUUCCCACCUUUUCUUGAUCAACCAUUAUACCUUGUUCUUCUUGUAUCCUCCUUGUAUCUGAGACACCAUACAUAAUAGUUUUCCCAGACAACCAUUCUUGGUUAACAUAAUUCUUGGUUCCUUCUAAACGUGUACCGUAGGCCCUAUGAGAUUUAUUUAGCUUCUGUACAAACGUCUUAAUAAUGUUAGUACAGGAAUCUUAAUUUCAAAUAAUAAAAGAUUUGUUCUCCAUUUACUAUACAUACGACUGUUUCCGAUAGACUAGUUAAACAUGUUUAGCCUAAUAGGUUUACCAUGUAUUUUAUACGUUUGUUAAUUAAUAUAUAAAACGAGUCGAUGUAGGGUUAUUACAAUUUUUACACUCGCCUAAUCGCUGUUGUAAUUAUGAAUGAAUUAUAAUUUGAAUAGCUGGGGUGGGGCAAUGGGGAAUCGGGAACCUAGGCCUAUUUAUAACCUGUAGGGUCCGAACCUAUGGCCGAGAUUGUCAGUGUUUCCUUCGGAAUUUUAGCAUUUUUAAUGUUAUAUCUAAAAUGGUUUCACACUUCGUUAGUGAUUUUUUGGCUGCUGCUAGGGUGUGGUGGCGGUGGGGGUGGGAAUGAGCGCUUACACAGAGCUAGUGGAUUCGUCGGCUGACGUACAUUGUACCAUGGCUUUAAUAAUGUGUAGUAGAGAGCCUAAACAAAACGGUUAAUAAAAUCGUACCCAGAUUUCA